CCGAACGCACACUGCCAGUAGUCAUUCGCGAACCGUUGCGAAUAAUACGUUCACGAUUUAUUUGCAGUAUCUAUAUUCCGCAUCGGUGCAGACCAUAAACAGAGCCCUUUAAUUGACGCCUCGUCGAGUUCGCGGUCCACCUGAUUACUCCUUGAGCGGGAUUGAAGUGCCUGGGAUCCGUCGUAACGUACAUUCUGGGCCGCAUCGAUAGCCGUGCAGAAAUUCUGCCAAAAAAAGAAGCCAAUCUUUACAUCCCUCUAACCUCUUCGUGUUUACGGUCUGCGAGCAUAGGUGGUGAUUCUGGUGCCACGAAUCUAGUUCUUUUCUCGCCUAACGAUGUAUUCACGAACCUAACCUUGUUCCAUCCAUCAAAUUAAUUUCCGCCACAACGGAGCAGCAGCGGAAUCAGCAACAGCGAGAAGAUCGCCAGGUCCAAGAGGACUACGUGGGUACAGGCGACAUCACUGAUAGACUUGGCUCGGUGAACCUCUCGUGCAGCGAAUCGCAGCAGGAUCGGUGGAACAAAGAACAAUACAACGACAGAACAAACAAUAGUGCUGAUCAAUCCAAGUUUCAAUAUUGCAGCAAUUCAAGUGCCCCUGACGAUAUCGAAGGUUCUCUUUCUGACGAAAAAAGUGAAUUGAGAAACAGAGAUAUGCCUCGAGCCAAAAGAAAAGCUGCCAAUACUGCAAAUAAUCAUGUUCAACCCGAAAUGCAACCAACCGCUCCUGAGGACAACCCUAGGCAUCCAUCUAAAAGAGUUAGGCAUAAUCCAAGCAGUGCGCGAUCGACGCGCAACAGUCACAAGCAGGAAGACUCCAGACCUCUGUUGAACCAGGCCUUCUCGCAGCGGCGUUGCAUCGCGUGGUUCAAGGAAUACGCCGAAGAAGCGGAGCUUUUGGGUCCUGAUGGUAUGGUGAGGUUUUGCGAGGACAUUGCCGUCGAUCCGGAAAACAUAGUGAUGCUUGUGAUAGCUUAUAAAAUGAAUGCCCGACGAAUGGGAUAUUUCACACAAGCCGAGUGGCUCAAAGGCAUGAUGGAACUGCAGUGCGACAGUGUGCCAAAACUCCAGUCAAAGCUCGAGUACCUAAAGUCGUUGCUGAACGAUCACAACCUGUUCAAAGCUAUUUAUAGAUAUGCAUACGAUUUUGCUAGGCAAGAUAAAGACCAACGAAGCAUGGAAAUGGAAACAGCACAAUUAAUGCUGCAAUUGUUACUUAGUAAACAGUGGCCACUAUUUACACAUUUUGCAAACUUCUUGAGUCAAUCCAAGUACAAAGUGAUAAACAAAGAUCAAUGGUGCAAUAUUUUAGAAUUUUCAAGAACAAUUAGUAACGACUUAUCAAAUUAUGAUCUGGAUGGAGCAUGGCCUGUGAUGCUUGAUGAGUUUGUAGAAUGGUUAAAAGCACAAAGACAAUUGGAAAACAACCAAAUGGAAACUGUACAUAGCUGAAGCUGAUCUGAUCUAUCUAUGAUUUUUUUUAUUAGUAUUCAAUUAAAAAAUAAUGUAAAAAAAGAUAGUAUCAAAUAUCUAAAUACCUUGGCAUUAAUCGAUUGUAAAAAUAUCUUUGCCUCUUUCUCUAGAUUUUGUUAAUGGAUGAAAAAUAAGGAAAAAAAUUGAAAAAAAUCUGAAAUUAUAGGCUUCAAAAACACGUGGGUUAUUUUUUAUUGGUUCAGUUAUUUUGUUGCUAUAAAUAAUAUUCCGACAUAAAUGUUAAAUAAAGUAGGUUCAUUUAGGCAUAAAGUUAGUUAGCUUUUUAAAAAUAAAUGCUAAUAAUAAUUGUCAUAGUAACAUUACUGUUUUAAUAAGUGUAUUAAAAAAAGUGAUUAAGUAACAGUAUCCUUAAUCAAACAUUUUAGAUUUCAAAAUUUUCUUAUUUGGUAUAAUAACCAAAAAAUUUCUAUAUAUUUCGUCAAAUUUGAUUAAGAAGAAUUUGGUAUGACUGUCUUUGACUAGAAUAUUAAUAAUAAAUAUUGAAAAUGUGUAUUUUUUGUGUUUGUAAUUUGAGUUGAAUUGCUCAAGGCGUAGUAAAAAAUAUAAAUAAUAAUAAUUUUCAUAUUCAGAUAAGUAGUAAUAAUGUUGAUAAUAAUUCAACGUAUUUUUUGUGUACAUGUGUUUAGAAGAAGCCUGAUGUAGUUUUAAUAUGUUUAAAAGUACAUUCUCAAACCAUAUAAAUGAGUUGUAUAUCGAUUUUGAAAAUGUUGUGUUGACAGUAAUUUUAUCGAUUACAAAGUAAUGAGCAAUUUCUUUGCGUAAAAAAUUACAUGUAGUAAGUUAUUUGUGUCGCACUAAGGUUCAAGCCCUUUUUUUAUAAAUUGCUAACUUUAUGUAUUAUACUUGUAAUAUAUUUGUAUACAAUAUUGCAUCAAUAAUUCUAUAGAAGUUACAUUGUAACCAUUGUUGAUGUAAUGAAGUUAAAUGAAUACAUUAUGUUGUAAUAAUA